UCUAUUCUUGAUCACACAAAUGCAUUACAAUCCUCAUCUUCCUCGUUAUACUCUCCUCCGAAUACCAUAAAGGAGUCACAUAGAAAUGAUGAAAAGAUUUAAAGUGUGGUCGUACAAAGAAGGAGAGCAGCCACUGGUUCACGAUGGACCGGUAAAUGAUAUCUACGGAAUCGAGGGACAGUUCAUUGACGAGCUUAGUAACGUGAUGGGCGGACCAAGUGGCCGGUUUAGGGCUAGCCGGCCGGAAGAAGCUCAUGCCUUCUUCUUACCGUUCUCCGUUGCCAACAUUGUCCACUACGUCUACCAACCCAUUACCUCGCCGGCUGAUUUCAACCGGGCCCGCCUCCACCGGAUUUUUAACGAUUAUGUAGACCUCGUUGCUCGCAAGCACCCUUUUUGGAACCAAAGCAAUGGUGCUGACCAUUUCAUGGUCUCUUGCCACGAUUGGGCUCCCGAUGUGGCGUAUAGUAAACCAGAGUUUUUCAAGGACUUCAUGAGAGGACUAUGCAACGCCAACAAAACAGAAGGUUUUAGACCAAACAUCGAUUUCUCUAUACCGGAGAUUAACAUUCCUAAAAGGAAGCUAAAGCCACCGUUCAUGGGCCAAACCCCUGAGAACAGGACGAUCUUGGCUUUCUUUGCAGGAAGAGCUCACGGAUACAUAAGGGAAGUCUUGUUCACUCACUGGAAGGGCAAGGAUAAAAAUGUUCAAGUGUAUGACCACCUCACAAAGGGACAAAACUAUCAUGAAUUGAUUGGUCAUAGCAAGUUUUGUCUUUGUCCUAGUGGCUACGAGGUGGCUAGUCCUAGAGAGGUCGAAGCCAUCUACUCAGGCUGCAUCCCGGUUGUGAUAUCAGACAACUACUCGCUUCCGUUCAACGACGUGCUUGAUUGGAGCAAGUUCUCGGUAGAGAUCCCGGUCGACAAAAUCCCUGAUAUUAAGAAGAUUUUGCAAGAGAUUCCGCAUGACAAGUAUAUAAGGAUGUAUCAAAAUGUUAUGAAAGUUAGAAGGCAUUUUGUGGUGAACCGCCCGGCUCAACCGUUUGAUGUGAUCCACAUGAUACUUCAGUCCGUUUGGUUAAGGAGGCUAAACAUUAGGUUGCCUUCUUGAUAGUAUAUAUUACUAUAUUUAAUGGUUUUAGCUACAACAAAAAAAUAGUCAUUGCAUUUCAAUACCUUUUGUUCUUAUAUUUCUUUCAAGAGUUAUUUCAAAAAUUCUCAUUGAACUAAAAACAGUUGUCUAGAGUAUUAAUUACUCAUAUACAGUACGUUGUAAAAAAUUGUUAGAAUAAAGAAUUUCAGUUUUG